GGUCGGGUGCGUUAUAAUUCAGAGAUAUCCAUUCUGGGAAGCCGCAUUCUCCGCUGAAGAGGAACAGGGCGACGCUGCUUUGUGCUUUGCUCUGGUCACGUGGUGGUGGUCCCGGCGUACCGAGCAUCAGACAUCGAGGUCAUCAAAUCAUCGAUUGCAUCACGCUUUCCCCAGCCAAGCCCGCGCCAGCCAAGCCAGUCCCAGCCCCGGCCGUUUCCAUACCACAGUAGUCCAUAGUCCAGGGUCUGGGAAGUCAGAGCAUCGUCAAAUCGAGGCAUCGCUGCCCCCAAGGCCCUCUCCGUCCUCCGCUUGUCUUCUGCACCCUUUAUUUUCUCACCGAGACUACGCGGUCGAAGUCCAUCAUCAUGCAGUCAAUCGCGCCAGCUCCCGUGCCUCAGAGCAUGCAGAAUCAGGACAUGAGCGCUGAUAAUGACUUAAGAGCACAGCUCGCGGCCGUUAUCAACACUUCCCAACACGGUCCUCAUGGCUACAACGACGUGCAGGCAUCGAGCAGCGCAAGUCCCCACGACCACAACAUCGACCCGGCGAUCGGCGGCCCAGGAGGAAUGAUGAGCACAGGCGGAGACAGCGGCGGAGACGACAGUUUGGGUGACGGGCGCAAAGGGGGUGGAAAGCGCGAGCUGUCGCAGUCGAAGCGCGCUGCGCAGAAUCGAGCAGCCCAGCGUGCGUUCAGACAACGAAAGGAAGGAUAUAUCAAGAAGCUUGAGGAGCAGGUCCGAGAGUUACACAAUCUGGAGGACAAUUUUAAAGCGAUCCAGGCGGAGAAUUAUUCGUUGAGGGAGUACAUCAUCCAUCUCCAAUCGCGCCUCAUCGAGUCGCAAGGCGACUAUCCGCAACCACCACCCAACGUCAACCUUAGCCAUCCCCAUGCUCGACAUGAACAUCUUGAUCAUCUCCAACGACGUGAUGGAGCACCCGUAGCACCUAUGGCACCAAUGAGUCAGCUCCAGGCCUCAGCAGCUCGGACUUUAGCUGCGGCUGGACUUCAAUCUGCAAAGCAUGGACAGGAGGAGCACAGUUAUGAUCAUGCCAAGAGAUACAAGGAAUCAGCAGAAGAUACUGCAGCCGACGAAGAGAUCAUCCGUUCUCAGCUUCAGGCGAGUGCGGAAGGUCCAAAUACUAUGUCAAUGUAA